GCCCGCUGCCGCCCGCCGCUGAGAGCCCGGCGGCGAGGAAGUCCGGGCGGGCGGUCGCCCACAUGCGCGGCCCCAGCCCGCGGCUUGGGGAACGGCGCCGAGCGGAGGAGGCGGGCGAGGGGAGCUGGAAGCGGCCGGCGGCGGCGGCGGCGAGGAGAAGAUGGCGGAGCGGCGGAGGAGCUGAGAGCGGCGCCCGGAGAAGUGGGGCCGCCCCCGCAGCCUUCCUCCGCAGCCCCCCGGACCCCCCGGCGGCCACAUGCAGGCCAAAAAACGCUACUUGACGCUGCUCUCCGCCGCCACCUGUCUCGCCCUGCUGCUCUACCUCGGAGGCGUGCAGCUGCGGGCAGCCCGCGCCCCGCCGCCCGCCGGCCGGCAUGGGGCUGCCCCGCGGCCCGGCAGCGAGCGGCCCUGGCCCCGCUUCCCCGACGCCCUCCGGCCCUUCGCGGAGCCGGAGGGGGCCGCGGGGGGCGACGCGGGGGGCGGUGGCGGCGGCCGGGUCUCGCCCCGGCAGCGGCGGGACGGCAGCGCCGGGCUGUACCGCGGGCGGCGGUGCCGCAUGGAGUCCUGCUUCGACUUCGCCCUUUGCCAGAAAAACGGCUUCAAGGUCUACGUGUACCCGCAGCAGAAGGGGGAGAAGAUCGCCGAGAGCUACCAGAACGUGCUGGCGGCCAUCGAGGGCUCCCGCUUCUACACCUCCGACCCCAGCCAGGCGUGUCUCUUCGUCCUCAGCCUGGACACGCUGGACCGGGACCAGCUCUCCCCGCAGUACGUGCACAACCUCCGCUCCAAAGUGCAGAGCCUCCACUUGUGGAACAACGGUAGAAAUCACUUGAUUUUUAAUUUAUAUUCCGGCACCUGGCCCGACUACACCGAGGACGUGGGCUUCGACAUCGGCCAGGCCAUGCUGGCCAAAGCCAGCAUCAGUACUGAAAACUUCAGACCCAAUUUUGAUGUUUCUAUUCCGCUCUUUUCUAAGGAUCAUCCUAGGACAGGAGGGGAGAAGGGAUUUUUGAGGUUUAACACCAUCCCUCCUCUCAGGAAGUACAUGUUGGUAUUCAAGGGGAAAAGGUACCUGACAGGGAUAGGGUCAGACACCAGGAAUGCCUUAUAUCACGUCCAUAACGGAGAGGAUGUUGUCCUCUUGACCACCUGCAAGCAUGGCAAAGACUGGCAAAAGCACAAGGAUUCGCGUUGCGAUAGAGACAACGCCGAAUACGAGAAAGUGUGUGUUGUCAAGUUCAUAAAGCAAACACCAGCCGGUUGUUUGACGUAUGAUUACCGUGAAAUGCUGCACAAUGCCACUUUCUGUCUGGUUCCCCGUGGCCGCAGGCUUGGCUCGUUCAGGUUUCUGGAAGCCUUGCAGGCUGCCUGCGUGCCCGUGAUGCUCAGCAAUGGAUGGGAGCUGCCCUUCUCGGAAGUGAUUGAUUGGAAGCAGGCUGCCGUCAUCGGGGAUGAGAGAUUGCUAUUACAGAUUCCUUCUACAAUCAGGUCUAUCCAUCAGGAUAAAAUCCUAGCACUUAGACAGCAGACACAGUUCUUGUGGGAGGCUUAUUUUUCUUCAGUUGAGAAGAUUGUAUUGACUACACUAGAGAUUAUUCAGGACAGAAUAUUUAAGCACAUAUCACGUAACAGCUUAAUAUGGAACAAACAUCCUGGAGGGUUAUUUGUACUGCCACAGUAUUCCUCAUAUCUGGGAGAUUUUCCGUACUACUAUGCUAAUCUCGGUCUGAAGCCUCUCCCCACGUUCACUGCCGUUAUCCAUGCAGUAACUCCCCUGGUUUCCCAAUCUCAACCUGUGCUGAAACUCCUGGUUGCUGUAGCCAAGUCCCAGUACUGUGCACAGAUCAUUGUUUUAUGGAAUUGUGAUAAACCCCUCCCAGCCAAACACCGCUGGCCUGCCACUUCUGUGCCUGUCAUAGUCAUUGAAGGAGAGAGCAAGGUUAUGAGCAGUCGCUUCUUACCCUACGACAACAUAGUGACAGAUGCAGUGCUAAGCCUGGAUGAGGACACCGUGCUUUCAACCACUGAGGUGGAUUUUGCCUUUACGGUUUGGCAGAGUUUUCCAGAGAGGAUUGUAGGGUACCCUGCUCGCAGUCACUUCUGGGACAACACUAAGGAGAGGUGGGGCUAUACCUCCAAGUGGACUAAUGACUAUUCCAUGGUAUUGACAGGAGCUGCUAUUUACCACAAAUAUUAUCACUACCUGUACACUCAUUACCUGCCUGCCAGCCUAAAGAAUAUGGUGGACCAACUGGCCAAUUGUGAGGACAUUCUAAUGAAUUUUUUGGUGUCAGCUGUGACAAAAUUGCCUCCAAUCAAAGUAACACAGAAAAAACAGUAUAAGGAGACCAUGAUGGGACAGACAUCCCGGGCCUCGCGCUGGGCUGACCCUGACCACUUCGCCCAGCGGCAGAGCUGCAUGAACACUUUCGCCAGCUGGUUUGGCUAUAUGCCGCUGAUCCACUCUCAGAUGAGGCUCGACCCUGUCCUCUUUAAAGACCAGGUCUCCAUCCUGAGAAAGAAGUACCGAGACAUUGAACGACUCUGAGGAGCGCUGCCGAGGGGGCCGAGCCACCCCCAGCCCCGCCUGGAACCAGACUGUGCCGCGGCACGGCCGUAUCCGAAAACGGCGAGCGGCGCCCGGGGGCGCGCGGCUCCGGACUGCUUCACCCGCCUGGCAGGCUUCUGUUGCUCACGACUAGGUUGUGUACAGUUUCAUUAUGGAACAUUAAAUAAUUAUUUUUGAAAUGAUUGCUAUGCAGGUUUAAACUUUUUUAAUGAUCAAAAAAAAAACUAUUAAAAACAGAGUUCUUUCUUUAAUCAAAA